GGCCCCCGCGAGGGAAGAGCUCGGGGGAGCGAAGUGUGCGACCACAGCGGGCGCGGUCAUGCGUGCCGCUGGCGGUUACCGAGGCCGGCAGGCGGGAAGCAGCCCGCUCCGGGGUAGGCUCUGGGGGGCGGCCGUGGCGGGGGAGGAGGAGGAGCAGAGCUACGAGUACGGCUCCACGAGGUACCUGCUGCUGUGCGGCCUGGGCGGCAUGCUGAGCUACAGGCUGACGCACACGGCCAUCGUGCCCCUGGACCUGGUCAAGUGCCGCAUGCAGGCUGACCCCAGCAAGUACAAGGGCAUCCUCAGCGGCUUCAGUGCGACGGUGAGCGACGACGGGCUGCGCGGCCUGGCCCGAGGCUGGGCCCCGAUCCUCCUGGGGUACUCCCUGCAGGGCCUGUUCAAGUUCGGGCUCUACGAGGUCUUUAAGAUCCGCUACAGCGAGCUGCUGGGCCCGGAGGGGGCAUACGAGUGGAGAACCAGCCUGUACCUGGCCGCGUCGGCCAGCGCCGAGUUCUUCGCCGACGUGGCGCUGGCCCCCACCCAGGCGGUGAAGGUGCGCAUGCAGACGCAGCCCGGCUUCGACCGCACGCUGCGCGCCGUCGCCCCGCGGAUGUACGGCGAGGAGGGCCCGUGGGCCUUCUACAAGGGCGUGGCGCCGCUGUGGCUGCGGCAGAUCCCCUACACCGUGAUGAAGUUCACCUGCUUCGAGCGCAUGGUGGAGGCCCUCUACAAGUACGUGGUCCCCAAGCCCCAGCGCCAGUGCACCAAGGCCGAGCAGCUGGCCGUCACCUUUGUGGCCGGCUACAUCGCCGGCAUCUUCUGCGCCCUUGUGUCCCACCCGGCCGACUCCGUCGUGUCCGUUUUGAACAAGGAGAAGGGCAGCACGGCCUUCGAGGUGCUGCGCAGACUGGGCUUUACGGGCGUCUGGAAGGGCCUGUUCGCCCGCAUCAUCAUGAUCGGCACCCUGACGGCGCUGCAGUGGUUCAUCUAUGACUCGGUCAAGGUCUGUUUCAAGCUGCCUCGCCCUCCGGCCGCCCAAGCGCCCCCAACCCAGAACCAGCAGGAGUAGGCGUGGAUUUGGCAGCUCCUGCGGCCACACUGGGCCCAAGUGUCCAGGCAGUGCUAGCGUGUCACAUGUUUCGUUUUCUGGCUUUGGAGAGGUGACGAUAUGUAGUCCAGAGUUCUCGUUAAAGGACUGAUUCCUUACUUUUUUUUGCCAACUGCAGCCUUUCCAAUUAGUAGGAGUCCAAACCGUUACCUUUGGGGAAUCGGCACGGCUGCUUUAACUCGGUAGCUUUCCGGCAACUUUAAGGAGAAAAUUCUUAACGGGAAGUAAUGUUAGGUAAAUUAGGGUCUCUAGGUUGUUUCUCCUUUGAGUCACCAUUCAGUGGAGAUUUACUGAAUAGCCUACUAAUGAGGUUUGAAGGUCAGCACUACCGCGUGGGGCAGGGAACAAAGUCAAAUUCUGCAACUCACCUCAAUAGAAAUCGUGCACCUAUUGAAUAGAUGAAGGACUCAUUCCAUGUUUCCUGUUCAUGUCCAUCACAGGAAAAAAAACUAUUAAAAGUUAAAUAAAUGGUGGCUUCUAUUGCCUCGUAACUUAGAAUGUAUUCACUGUUUUCAAAGAGACGUGACAUGAGAAGAUCUGCAUUUUCUCAUUUUGCUUUGUCCAAUUCCCUUCCUGAUGUUGCUGAUUAGAACAUAGCUCUCUCCAGGAAGCGCUACAAUUGGAUCAAUGUGGAAAACCAAAAUGAGAUGAAGGGCAGGCUCUGGGAAUAAAUAUGUAAAGAAAAGCCUCUGUUCUCUAAAAAUUUCUUUUGUACAAGUCAGCUUUCAACAGCCAUACAUCCAAAGAAGAUCAUACCACCCUGACAUUUAAAAACACACACAUGAAACCCUGCAAUUCCAAUUUUUUGUUGAAUAUUAAAGAGUGGUUUUGGUGACUUUGGGAGGAAAAUCUCACUUUUAAUGUCACAAAUGCCUUCAUUUAAUUUAGUACAUGUUUCCAUGAUCCUUAUGAUGGUUGAGGUUCAUAAAAUUUACUGAAGUUAUAAAGCACAUACAGUUUUCUGUAGCCUUUACAUCUCUCAUUGGGGAAAUUAUAAAAUUAGUGAAACUGUGAAUUAGAGAUGUUUGUAGAAUGUAAGUAAGAAAUGAACUUUAAUGUGAUAUUUGCUGCAAUUUGCCACAGUGUUACAUGAUUGCCUUAACUUGUAUUAAGGACUGCAAAUUUAAAAUAUAUGGAUGUUUUAACUAUGUAAUAGUAAACUGUUUAGGGGUUAACAAAAGUUUAAAAACGUCUAAAUUUAAGUAAGUAUAUUUGAAUUGUCUUGAUCUGAAAAUAAAGAACUUGGAAAAA